ACUUGCUUUAAAAUUUGCACAGGCCUUAAAUAUAUUCCCGACUUUUGGACAUUUAAAAAAAAAGCUUUACCUUAUAGGUGGUAUCUCCACUGUUCCAAAGCUUCCAGUUAUAAGGGAUUACUUUUGACACACACCAUGGGAAACAGGUGUUCAUCAGACAAAUGGCGCAAUCCUGAUUUCCGACUUGAAUGGACAUCUCAGUUUAAGACCACCCUCAACAAAGAAAUUAAAAACAUACCAAUGCAUGGUAUAAAUAAACCAUGCAUUAUGUUGGCUGGUCCUGUGUCGGCUGGAAAAUCAUCAUUAGUCAACACAUUUCUCAGUGCUGAAUCAACAAGGCUAAUACGGAAGGCAGACAGUGGAUCAGAUACACGAAGUGUUACAACCGCUUUCAUGCGUUAUGAUAGUGUAGCAGUGCGGGGACGUUUUCGAUUAUGUGAUACCAUGGGAAUUCUGGCUGAUAAACUCACAGGCCUUCAUCCAGUGGACAUGUCCCUUUUGAUGAAAGGACAUAUAAGGGCAGGCUAUAAGUUCCAAGAAGAUUCACAUAUAUCAGAAGAAGACGAGCACUACAUAAAAAAUCCAAGUGAUCUGGAGAGAUCGCAUUGCUUUGCUAUUGUUUUCCCGUGCACUCAAGUAGAAAAUAUAUCGUCUGACUAUAAGAAUAAGAUUGUAAAUGCGAUUCGGGCUGCCCGCGUACAAAAUAUUCCUACUGUGAUCGUUUUGACAAAGAUUGAUAAGCUUUGUACAAAUGUGAUGAAAAGUGUACAAAAGGUCUUCACCUGUAGUCACAUUAGAGAUAUUGUCAAGAUGGCAGAGGAGAUAUUUGGUGUUCCUGAAAUGUAUAUUUUUCCUGUGGUGAAUUACUCGACACAACAGAUAAAUGAUGUCUCCACUGAUAUCAUAGCUUUGCUAACAUUGAAAAAGAUUUUGGAGUUCACUUCGGACCACAUUGAGGGACCAGAACAAGAGUGAACCCGAUUACUAUUGUGCUGUUAGAACAAUAACGGUUGGUUAGAUAUUUUUAAAUGUAUUACAAAGCAUCUUAUACAUACUACUAUCCUACUACAAAAGUUUAUGGAUUUUGCAGUUGCACAGUAUGUUGUGAUCUGGACCAGAAAAAUUAAUAUUGACCGGCAAUUGGCUCUACCCGAAGUCAAUAUUUUUUUCUGCUGCAAAUGACAUCUUACUGCACUUCUAAAAGGAGAUGACUGUAUUAUUUAACAAGAUAUAAAUGGUUACCGUGUUUUAAUGAUUUUGCCAUCAAAGCAAUCGACUGUUUUCUAUCAUUUUGUAAAUAACUCUGCAUUCUGCACAACUCAGUUAUAAUCAUCAUAUUCAGAUGACAUAUAGGAUAUUAACUGACGUUUAAAGUGACUUUUCAAUAUCGUAAUUUCAUGUACAGUUUUUAAUACAGAAAGAAAAUUUGUUCAAUACCGAAUACAGUAAACUACACCUGCACAGAAUACGGUAUGAUAUAGAGAAUUGUUUGUUAAAAGGAACAAUUAAGAUGCCUCAAAUUUAGCCCUGUUUUUUCCAUGUAAGAGAGAAUUAUUGGAUUUCAGGAACCCAUUUUCUUAUCCCUAAGUUAAAAUACAUUGAAAUAACGUAGGAUAUAGCAAACUCGGAAAAAAUAUUUUCAGAAUCUAUACCAGGAUUUAACAAUUUUGAUUCAUAAAACAAAUUUUAAAACAUCAUUGGAAUGUUGUUUAAGGUCUUCUGAAAUAUAAUACAUUAAUUAACUACUACGUCAUGCAAAAAUAUGUAAUCAAGAAUUACAAUGAAUAAAGAAAGAAUAAUUGUGAA